AUGCUUCGCGUUUUCAUGGUAUCGGGCGAGGAGUUUGCCACACACAUUGGAGGAGAUCUGAAUGAUGUGCGAAGUUUGAAACGGCAUCUUUGGAAGACCCGUGGAGUAUCGCGUUUCAGGCAAAAGUUGCUGUAUAAUGGUGUUGUCUUGGAUGACCAUACGACGUUGGAUCAGCCGUUAGACUUGCAGCUUGUUCUGAUGUCUUUUGUCAAAGUUGGGCGAUUACAGCUUGAGGCGUUCAGCGAAGCCUUUGCGUCGGGUCACGUUCAACAAGUCGAAGAGAUGCUUCACCGACUGCACGAUCCAAAUCAGCGAGACCGCAAGCGCCAGUGCCCCUUGUUAGAUGCCGGAGCCAGUACGGAUGGCGUGCUGCCCGAUCCCACCACUGGCAUUGGAUCACACCGAGUGCUUCACGAUCCGGCAAUAUUGACACUCCUGUUGGAUGCUGCUGCCCGGGCGGGCAAAGUCGAUCUACAGAAUUUGCCCUUGUUGUACAGAACCAAGAGCAGUAAAGCUUGA